CUCAAAAUAGUGAUGUUUUAAUGAACUGCCUACCCACGUUGCAUAUUGGUUGUGAGUUAAAAUAGACACCCUUCAGAUAAACCUAAUAUCCAUCCAUCCCUCCGUCAGCUGACCAGCUCCAGGAUGGCGGUGAGGAAGCACUCCAUCUUGGCUCUGGGUCACCUGGUUCCCUGCUGUAGCCCCGCCCUCUUCUCCCAGCUGACUGAACACCUGACCAAUGAGCUCGCAAAGGCCCCGCCCGUUUCCAUGGCGAGGACGUACAUCCAGUGCCUAGCAACCGUCAGUCGUCAGGGCGGCCAUCGAGUCGCUGUCCAAAGGAGAUGUUGCCACGGUGACAAAGCUUUGCCUUAAGUUCAUGACCUUUGACCCGAACUACAACUAUGACGAUGAAGAGGAGGAGGAAGACAGCAUGGACGUGGAGGAAGGGCUGGAGGAAGAGUCAGACGAUGAGUACAGUGACGAUGACGAUAUGAGCUGGAAGGUGCGUCGCUCCUCCAUCAAGUGUCUGGAGUCUCUGAUCGCGACGCAGCGGGACCUCCUGCUGAGCUUCUUCUCCUCCGUCUGCCCCGCCCUGCUGGCAGUGGCGCCUCCAGAAAUCUUUCAUAGGGGUGGCCAAAUGGGGCCACUGAAAAUCUUGGGGUGGCCCACCAAAACCAAUAAUUUAAUUGUUGUAAAAGUAUAGACUAGAUGAAAACAAUGGCAAAGAGAAUCACCUACUGAUAUACUUUGGUUUCUUAUUUUACAUUUUCUGAUACUAUUCAUCUGAAGUGAAUAUAAUAAGGAUAGUUAACAUUUUACUUCAAACAACAUUUAAAAGAACCUUGUUUUGUGUUAUGUAUACAUGUGUUAGGGGAUUUAUUCUUUUGUUUUUUUGUACAUGCUAGUUGUUCUUUCCUUUUUAAAAAGACAAAUACAGCUUAAUUUAAACAAGUUCCUUUAUUGUAAGGCACAACAUGUUCAGCAUUCUCAACACAUACAAUACACAACAUGUUCUUCAGUUAUAUUAUGUCUCUAGGUUAUAAAUUGUUUUAGAACAAAGCUGUUUGUGUCACACUGGGAUCAAAGAUGAUUGACAUGGCUUUAUUAAAUCAAGUUUUAAAACAUGACUAUUUUAUUUCAACAGGACCCAAAAACACAAGGGGUAUAAAAUGGUAAAUAAAUACUGUGAUUGAACACAAAAACACCAUCUAUUAUUGACCUUUAUACAGGGAUGCAAACUUGUCACCUUUCGGCGAAAUUCGCCGUUUUGAAUCCAA